AAGUAAACUGCAAACGACUUUGAAACAAAAAUAUUAGAAAAGACAAAAUUAUACUCAGAAGACAGAAAUCAAAAUUCUCUCCUCGUCCUCUCCCUCUCCCGUUCACCAGUAGUUGCAGAAGUGACGCUAACGCCAUUACUAUCUCACAAGCUCGCUCAAUAGUCUACGAUCUUACCUCGCAUUUCAUUCUAUAGUAAUUAGGAGUCAGUAUUAGAUAAAAAAAGAGAGAGGUCUUGUUUGAAAUUGAGAAUACCUGCACUUAAGUCAGAAGAAAGGAGACAAUUUGAGGGUAAGUGAUUCCUGUUGGAGCUUUGUAUCUGAAUGAGGUGAUUUCCUCCAGUACCAGAAUUUCAGUCAGGAUCUUGGGGGUGUGACGUGUGAAGAACAGCAUUACAAAAUACAGAGACCAAGUUCAGGGGGUGAGUUCCCCCAAACUGGCGAGUUCAGCCCAUUCCCAGUGGCCAGGAGGUUGAAUUCAACCCAUUCCAUCAUGAUGGAUGAUAUAGAAAAUGGUUCCAUGGGGCCUUACCAAGAUAGGUCUCGUAGUUUUCCCGACAUGCGCACCAAACCUUAUACCCCCUUGCGGAAGCAAGGUCGAUGAACAAUAAUGAAACAAUAAGAAAUUCAAUGCAAACAAUAAGAAAAUGACACCCCAAGACUUUCGACCAGUUCAGAUCACAGUUUUGGGUCAGUUCGUUUUGGACAAAAGAUGCAUGGUAGACCCGAAUUUUCAUUUAUGUCACAAGAAAGUGGACUCACUUCAGCUUCUUCAGCGCACAGUGAAGACACAGAAGCUGAGAUCAGAAGGCUUAGGCUAGAGCUACGGCAAACAAUGGAGAUGUACAGUGAAGCCUGCAAAGAAGCAGUUGUUUCUAAAGAAAGAGAAAGACAACAAGCAAUGGAGCUUCACAGAAGGAGACUAGAAGAGGACAAGAAACUGGAUGAAACAGCAAGUCCUGAUGAAAUAGCAAUGGUGCUAGCAGAGAGACAGAAAGCGGAUCAGGAAGAAGCAAGGAAAAAAAACGAAGCAAAGUCAGAGUACGCACCAUCCCAUGGUGGUAUGUACAGGAAGUACUCCAUUGAAGAGAUUGAAACAGCUACAGAUAGGUUCUCUAAAUCUCUGAAAAUAGGAGAAGGAGGAUAUGGACCUGUGUUUAAGUGUUACCUUGAUCAUACAAGAGUUGCAGUUAAAGUUCUACGUCCAGAUGCCGCUCAAGGUAGAACGCAGUUCCAACAAGAGGUAGAAGUAUUAAGUUGCAUCAGGCAUCCCAACAUGGUUCUACUUCUAGGUGCAUGCCCAGAAUACGGGUGCAUAGUUUACGAAUACAUGGCCAACGGUAGUUUAGAUGAUUGUUUAUUUAGUCGAGGAAAAACCCCACCUCUUUCUUGGCAAGUUAGGUUCCGAAUUGCAGCUGAUAUCGCAACAGGGCUGAACUUCCUGCAUCAAACAAAACCCGAACUGUUAGUUCAUCGAGACCUUAAACCCGGGAAUAUACUUCUCAACAGAUAUUUCGUAGCUAAGAUUGGUGAUGUUGGAUUAGCUAAGCUUGUUCCACCUUCAGUUGCAGAUCAUAUAACACAAUAUUGUAUAACAUCAGCUGCAGGGACUUUCUGUUAUAUUGAUCCAGAGUAUCAACAAACUGGUAUGCUUGGUGUUAAGUCUGAUGUUUAUUCAUUUGGGAUUGUGCUUUUACAAUUGUUAACUGCCAAACAACCGAUGGGUUUGGCUCACCAAGUUGAAGAUUCUAUUGAGAAAGAUAAAUUUGCUGACAUUUUGGAUAUAUCAGUGCUUGAUUGGCCUAUGGAACAAGCCUUAGUAAUGGCUAAGAUAGCUAUACGUUGCGCUGAGUUGAGACGUAAAGAUCGACCAGAACUUGGGAAUGAUGUGUUGCCUGAGCUCGAAAAAUUGAGAGACUUUGCUGAUGAAAGAUCACAGCCUUUUGUGUUUUUUGCUGGAACAGCUUAUUCUUCUGCUAAUCACAGUCAGACAUCUAUGUCACAGGUGAGUGAUUCCAACUUUUCAGCUCCAGGGAGCUCAAAGACUCUGUCAUCCUCACCAUCACCAAGAGUGUUUUCAUCAAAUGACGCAAAUCAAAGAGCUGGAGUAACGUGCAACUUCUGAAGGCCACAUAGUCAACUUACCCAAAUAAUUUCGCACAACCCGUAAUCAAAUUUGGUCUACUGAUGAAGCACUUGAAGAGUCCAACUUAAGAGCCUCUGAAUUUUUGCAUGUGGUAAAGAUACACAAAACAUAGAUUCAACAAAAUCAAAAAGAAAAAUAGGGAAGACCUAAACAUAACUUUUUACCUCAAAAACAAUAGCAUAUGAGCUCGUGGGUUAUUAGAGAACUUAUUAUAGCUUCCAAGUGAUGGGCCGAAAUUUGAACAUGUAACAAGGUUUAGGGAUAAAUGAUGUAGGUUAGUUAUUAAGAUGUUAACAUUUCUAUCAUGUACUAUGUACAAUACCAUAAAACUGAUAUAAGGAUAUCAUAUGAUGAUGAUAUUUAUUAUGGAAGACCCGUCUCAUUAAGAUUAUUACGUUUGAUUUUAAA